AUGUCAUCAAAGCUCACUCCGCUGGUGGUACGAUCAUUUAGUAGAAGUGCUCAACUCGGGUCAAUUCCGCUUGCGCCAGUCGAAAAACCAUCAGCCAUCAGAACCCACCAGAUACCAGGAGAAAGGAUUCCUCUGGCCAAGUAUGGUGGACGCCAUACUGUGGUCGCCCUACCAGGUGAUGGAAUUGGACCAGAAAUGAUUGAACAUAUCAAGAAAAUAUUUCAUUUUAGUCAUGCUCCUAUAAAUUUCGAAACAGUUCAAGUUUCAUCCGAGCUGGUGCAUGGAGAUUUGGAAGCAGCGAUAAAAGCAAUAGAGAGGAAUGGUGUUGCCAUCAAAAACAUCGACAUAGUUCUUAUUCGCGAAAAUACCGAAGGAGAGUAUUCUGGCCUCGAGCAUGAAACUCUUCCCGGAAUUGUCGAAAGUAUCAAG